GCUUGGCAAGCCGAUGCCUACCCUCCGCCUAAAUAUAAAAUCCUUAUUGCUUCUCAUCUUCUUCCCGUUCAAGCUCCAUCCUUCUCCUCGCGGCCACCUCCGUCAUUCUCUAACUUCUCCUCCUGUCGCCUCCUCUAAUCUCCCAUUUCGGUCAGUUAUAGCUUCCCAAAAAUGGUAAUCUCUGCUGAGAAUGUUCCUGAGUCGCCGCCAGAGCCUCUCACACCAUCUAUUUCCUCCACACCACCUUCUCGGCUACGGAAUGCGUCCAUGUCUGGUCUCCAUAACAUUGAUAUCCCGUUUAAUAUGACUUGGGGAAGGCACCAAUUUCUCCGCUGCCUGAACAUUAAUCGAAGGGGUGAGAUUAUCACUCACAACCGCAAAUCUAAUCUAAUCGAGACCUCUGCUAAUUUGCCUGAACAGGUAAGACUAGAUGAAACCCAAGUCAGAAUUAGCGAUGCCGUCGUGAUGACAGAUACCACAAAUCAGUCUGAACCCAAUCACCAAUCGGAUGAUCUUCGAGAACGCGAUCAUAUUCCUCCUUCAAUUUCGCCUUUGAGUGUCACCCGGAGAACCAGGAGGGUGCCGAUUCUCAAAAUCCCUUGCUGCAAUGUUUCUCCUCCACCACCAACACCAGCAGCAGCUCCGUUACGGAAGAGCACGGGGAAGAGGUCAGUCCGUCUCCUGUAUGACAAUGCUUCUCCGCCGCCACCACCACCACCUUUGUUACGGAAGUGUGCGCGGAAGAGGUCCGUCCGUCUCAUGUCUGACAAUCUGGAGAAGCUGGAGAAGCCAGAGCAUUGUCCUAAGAUCUCAAUUUCUCUCUCACGCAAAGAGAUCGAAGAGGACUUCUAUACAUUGACUGGAUUGCCCCCUUGUCGACGCGCUAAGAAGCGACCGAGAGCCAUAAAGAAACAGCUUGACCAACUGCUCCCUGGCUCGUUGCUGCCGUCCAUCACACCAUCUAAAUAUGAUGUGCCAGAUUAGCCUAAUGGCGUUAAGCUUUCUCAUCUCUUUUGAUGUUCCACGAAUGCUGGAUUUCUUUCAGGAUACAUUGAGAGGCCAACCUCCGCUCCUCUUUCAAUAUUUAUAUAUAUGCUAAGUAUGCAUUAAUUGGCUGGUUUUUAUGUAAGUAGGUAACGGGCAUUGUGCUGAUCGAUGUCCCUCUUUGGAAUUUGCUUUUGUAUUCCAAGCUAAAAUAGAAAAUGCCAUCGAACAAUGUUUAUUUUCUGUGCUUUUUUUAUUGUUUAUUGCUGCAUCAG